AUGAGCGGCGGGGGCGGGGCGGAGCCCAGGUGCGCCUCGCAGUACACUUGGCAGAGCGCCUGGGAGCCGCCUGUGGGCAGGAGAGGAUCUGUCAAAUGCGAGGUUCCUUUAAUAAGAGCGACCAGUCCGGCUCCGAGAGUCAUGGCGACCGCAGCGUCUAACCACUACAACAUCCUCACCUCCAGCGCAUCCAUCGUGCACUCGGAGCCCGGCAGCAUGCAGCAAGCCACGGCGUACCGGGACGCACAGAGCCUGUUGCAGAGCGACUACCCGCUGCAGAGCAACAGCCACACGCUCAGCCACGCACACCAGUGGAUCACGGCGCUGUCCCACGGAGAGGGAGCCCCGUGGUCCUCCAGCCCGCUCGGCGCAGAGCAGGACAUCAAACCCGCGGUGCAGGGCUCCCGGGACGAGAUGCACAACUCCAGCAGCAACCUGCAGCACCAGUCGCGACCGCCCCACCUGGUGCACCAGACGCACGGGAACCACCACGACGGCCGGGCGUGGAGAACCACUACCACGGCGCACAUACCAAGCAUGGCGACGACGAACGGCCAAAGCCUUAUUUACUCCCAGCCGGGCUUCAGCGUGAACGGGCUGAUCCCGAGCAGCGGGCAGGGAAUGCACCACCACAACCUAAGAGACAGUCAUGAAGACCACCACAGCCCGCACCUCAGUGAACACGGGCACCCUCCGUCCCAGCAUCAGCACCAGCACCGGCCGCAGAGCCACCACGACCACUCGGACGAGGAUACGCCGACCUCGGACGACCUGGAGCAGUUCGCCAAGCAGUUCAAACAGCGGAGGAUCAAGCUGGGCUUCACGCAGGCGGACGUGGGACUCGCCCUGGGGACACUGUACGGAAAUGUGUUUUCCCAAACCACCAUAUGCAGGUUUGAGGCCCUGCAGCUCAGCUUCAAAAACAUGUGCAAGCUGAAGCCUCUGUUGAACAAGUGGCUGGAGGAGGCGGACUCCACCUCGGGCAGCCCGACCAGCCUGGACAAAAUCGCGGCGCAGGGGAGGAAAAGGAAAAAACGGACUUCAAUCGAGGUAAGCGUAAAGGGAGCCUUGGAGAGCCAUUUUUUGAAGUGCCCUAAACCGGCAGCGUCGGAAAUAAUCACCCUGGCGGACAGUCUGCACCUGGAGAAAGAAGUGGUGAGGGUUUGGUUUUGUAACAGGAGACAGAAGGAGAAACGCAUGACCCCUCCCGGAGGAGCUCUGCCGGGGAGCGAGGAUGUGUACGGGGACACGCCGCCGCACCACGGGGUCCAGACCCCGGUCCAAUGA